GCCAAGACUAGUAGGCUUUCAGCCUCCGAGCGGACAGCAACACGAAAUUCCUCCCUCCGAAGGGAUGCGCGCGUACGGUGAAUAUUAAGAGUUUUUUCUGUGUGAUGUUUAGACAAACAUACAUAUGUACAUACAGUGUUAGUUGUGCGCACAGACAUAUAUACAUAAGUAUAUAAAUAUAUAUAAUAUAAUAUAUAUGUGUCAUGUAUAUAAGCGUAAAUGUGUGUUCGCGCGUGAAAAAUUCAAUGUAUAAACUCGUGCAGUAAAUACUUUAUGUGCAAAACAGCAAAAAAAAAAUAAAAAAAAAAAUUUGAAAAUUUUGCAAAUUAAAUACAGUAAAUAUUUAAAGUGCAGUGAAUGGAAAAUGCGCCAGUGGCAAAAUCAAAUAUGAAAAUUUACAAAACAAAGAAUAAAUUUUUACGUGCGAAAAGUGUGUGUGAGCAGCGUCGUAUCUGUAAUUAGAGCGGAAAUUCUGAUGGAAAAUAGUUGGGGUCGUGGAAAAGCAAACUUUGAACGCAAAGAAAUUUUGAAAAAAUAAUAUAAAACAAAUUUAAGAAUUAAUUAAAAAAAAUUAAAAAAAUAUAUAAUGUAUAAAAAUAUUUAAAUAUAAAAGAAAAAAAAUAGUUACCAAAAAAUUCUGAAAAAUUAGAAAAAAUAAUCAGAAAAAAAUAUUGAUUUAAAUUUAAAAAUAUGUGUCAAAAAUUCGUAUUAGCCGAAGCAAGUUAAGUGUCUGUGCUGAAGUGUUAAAGUGUUUACAAAAAAAUUUGUACAAUAUUUUUGUUGGCGAAGCAGCAGCGAGUUGGAGUAAUAUUUAUUGGAAACAAAAGCUUCUAACUCUGUCAGUCUAGAACACUGAAACAGCAGCACGCCACGACUUCGGGCGACAGUUAUUAAAACUACUGAAGCCACACUCAAAACUUAUUAAUGGCAUACCCCAGCAAAAGUUAUAUGUACGAACACUUUUGAAAGGCACUGUAAAAUCUACGAAAAAAAAUUUCUAGACAUUCGCACGAGUAUACGAAACGAAAACAAAGCAAAAAUCGUACCAGAACAUUAUCCGUUGCAAAAGGCGAUCACAUUUGAAGUUUUCCACACACUACUGCAGCACCUCCCGCACCAAAACACUGAUCGCCUCACUGAAUAGCUGCUCGCGGUAGACAAAGCAAUUGCAUACAAUGUUUCACAUCUCCGCACAGGAGUCGAGAUUAAGCAAUGCGAAUAACAACAAAACUUCAACAAUACCAACAGCAGUAGCAGCAGCAACUACCACAACAACAAUAACAGCAACACCGCGCACGCAUGGCAGCAACUCGAGCGGCGAUCGGAACGCAUGUCAAACCAUCGAUAUACGCAAAUUGGCAGCGACCGCCGCACAAUUAGAGGCCGCCAGUAAUGGGCAGCGCAGUGCUGUGGGAACAACAGAAGCAGCAGCAGCGACGACGUCGAUGGGAGCGACGCAUACAGCUACAGCAGCGUACAAUAAUUGCAACAACAUCGGCAACAACAUACACCGAAGUGGCAGCAAAGGCAGCAACAGCAGUGGCGGCUAUGCAGCAGCAACACGAUCAAGGUUAAAAGCAACAUCAGCAGAGAAUACCACAACAAACAGCACAGCAAAAACAACAACACCAAAUAAUCUAGCAACAAUAACGACAACAACAAAACCAGCCAGUGAUUCGAACAAGCCAGCGACAGCGUCACUACCUAAAAUGCAUUCCAACGCAACACCGACUACGGAGCAUGUCAUCGGCGGUGGCGGCGGCGGCAACAGCAAUGGCAAUGCGGGCGGCGCAGUUGUGCUCAAUAUUGGCAAUGCCGCCGAGACGCUGCAACGCCACGGUAGCGCGCAUAGCAAAUGCAGCACGGGCAGCGACGGCGGUGGCCAGCCGCGCGUCGGACGCAACAGUGGGAGCGCGCGCAGUCGCAAUAAGCAGCGAAAAACUAGUUCCUCAAGUGCCAAAGGUGCUGCGGGCGGUGACAGCACAACAAAAACUACAGCAACAACAAUAACUAGCAACAAUCCUACUAGCAAUAAGUUAAGCGCUGCCACCACGAACCCCGAGCGUGGCGCCGCGUCGCCGCAAUCAGCAACAAGUCAAGCGCACGGCGGCGCGCAAAACUCCAGAGUGCAACGUUCGAGUAGCAAGCGCAGCACCAGCAAAGCGGCUAAACAACAACAGUCGCAAAAUGGUGACGCGGCGCAACCACAACAACAACGCGAUGCGCGUCAUUCGCAAUCUUCGUCGUCGCGUGAACGCUCACGAUCACGUUCGCGCUCACGUUCACAACAGCGCAGCGAUGAGGAGCGCGCCGCGCGCACCGACGAACGCGAUGCCGGUGCAGUUAGCGCCACAAGGCAACGCCAUCGCCAUGGCAGUCGUAAUUCGUUGGCGAGUUUGGAGCGUGGACGCGCCACCGCGGCGGAGCGCAGUAAGAAACAACGCGUCGAUGAGGAGGCCGAUGACGAUUCCUAUACUUCAUCGUCGGGCGUGAGCUGCAAUGGUUCGUGCAGUUCGGAUGAUGGCGACUCGAAUAGUACGACGUCGAGUGGUGAACCGAAUUUGCCAUAUCCUGGCUUUCCGGAGACCUCUUUCAGAUGGUUCACGCAAGACUCGAGUUUGCGCAACUUUUGUCUGCGGCUCAUCACCAAUCCAUGGUUCGAGCGCGUCUCCAUACUGGUGAUACUCUUCAACUGCGUCACACUGGGCAUGUAUCAGCCGUGCGAGGAUGAGAAAUGCGUGAAGCUGCGCUGUCGUGUACUGCAGGUGUUUGACGACAUAAUUUUCGCUUUCUUCGCCAUCGAAAUGCUAAUCAAAAUGAUAGCGAUGGGCUUGUACGGCAAAAAUACCUAUAUGGCUGAUUCGUGGAAUCGUUUGGAUUCGUUUAUAGUUUUUGCUGGACUCUUGGAAUACGCAACGAAUGUGGAAAAUUUGAAUUUAACAGCGAUACGAACGAUAAGAGUGUUGCGUCCAUUGCGCGCAAUCAAUCGCAUACCAAGUAUGCGCAUUUUGGUCAUGUUGCUGCUGGACACGCUGCCUAUGCUCGGCAAUGUGCUGCUGCUCUGUUUCUUCGUCUUCUUCAUAUUCGGCAUCAUUGGCGUACAACUGUGGCAGGGCAUAUUGCGACAGCGUUGUUGGGUCGUGGAAUUGCCGGUCGCUAAUUUUCCGGACCUACCUAAAGAGUACAGAGUUCGAGUCCGUGUUAACUCUUUCUCCAACUACUACGAAUUCUCCAAGGAGCAGGACUACAUUUGCUCGAAGCCCGAGGACUCUGGCAUGCAUUUAUGCUCGGAUUUGCCACCGUAUCGUGUUGGCGACAUGAUUUGCACCGAACCUGCAUCCGUGUAUGGUGACAAUCUACCGACAAAUACCUCUUGCGUCAAUUGGAAUCAAUAUUAUAAGGAUUGUCUGCAGAUUGGCAAUAAUCCAUUUCAAGGGACAAUCUCGUUCGAUAAUAUUGGCAUGGCAUGGGUGGCGAUAUUUUUGGUCAUAUCACUCGAGGGCUGGACGGAUAUUAUGUAUUACGUACAAGAUGCUGACAGCUUUUGGGAUUGGAUCUAUUUCGUGCUGCUGAUUGUGAUCGGCUCCUUCUUCAUGAUCAACCUCUGCCUGGUCGUCAUUGCUACACAAUUUUCGGAAACGAAAAAACGCGAAAUGGAACGUAUGCGACAGGAGCGUGCACGCUAUACAUCCACCUCGACACUGGCGUCCAGCACGAACAACUCAGAGCCGGCCACAUGCUAUGCGGAGAUUGUCAAAUAUAUUGCGCAUCUUUGGCGGCGUUUCAAGCGACGCAUGUUAAAGAAGUACAGAUUAUAUAAAUACCAAAAACAACAACGCAACGAAGGUCUCCUACCGAACGCCGACAAUUUGACAUUCUCACCGUCGCGCAUCAAAUGCCAUCACCCGAAGUGCCCCAAAUAUGGACAUCGCAAGCCGUCGAGCAUACAGGAUCAGAUGAUCACCGUUAUGGUGCCGUUGAAUUCCAACAAUAAUAAUGUAAGCAACAGCAGCAACAACAACAAUAAUGGUGGCGCUGGUGGCAGCGCUGCCGCAGUGGCGAAUGGCACGCGCAAUCAUCAACAGGCGACAACAACAGCAGCAACACCUAGCACAAUAUUAGCGCCACCACCAACGGCAACAGCUGCAACAACAACAGCAGCACUUGCUUUGCCUGCAAGUGGCACCGCAACAACAGCAACAACACCGCUUAUAAAUGGCACUGCCAAUACGGGUUUACCGCACAAUAUCAAUAACAACAAUAUAAGUGUGGUCGGCCAACAGCAACAACAACAACAGCAACAAGCACAACAACCGCAACAACAUUCAUCUUCGGAGAAUUCUGUACAAUCAUUGGAGCCUGCGACACGCAAUUCAAAUUUGAAGAAAUCAUCGAAUCAUUUGACACCGGAUGCGGCUAAGCAGCAGACGCUGAGCGGACAGGGCCAACAGCCGGCGGGACAGCAGAAAACAAUUUUGCUGAAAUUUCCCUCCAAUGCUGAUUCGGAGCAAUUAAUUAGUAAUCCCUGCACGUCGGGCUUCCUCAGUCCACCCACAUCGGCUAGCCGUCGUCCGUCGGUGAUGUUCAACGAAUAUGUGCUGCUGCAUACACCGCCUGCAAUUAGCGAACCGUUAACUAUACCAAGCACAACGACAACCAAUGUGGCUGAGAAGAGCGGCGGAGUGUGCUCAUCGGAGAAAAUGACGCAGGCCGGUGAUGGCAGCAUAUGGCAGGUUAAUCUCCCCCAAACGCUCAAUAGCGGCGGCAGCACCAUCGCCAAUCCCUACGCCGAUUGCUCCGAACUCGCGGCCCUACCCACCGGCCAGAGUACGUUGGAAUCGUUUUACAACUCAUUGGCGCGCUGUGAUCCGCACACCGCUGAGGCGCUCAAAAAUCAACACAAUCGCCAGCAGACCCAACUCAUCAAACAACAACAAACGAAUUCACUGGUUAUUGGUGAUCGUCAAUGCAAGCGUUUGGAUAACAACAGCACCGCUUUGGCGGCAGUCACCAGCAGCGCCGGCAACAACACCGCCGGCAACACAACAACAGGCAACUACAUUGAAGACUACUCGUGCUGCUAUGAUUUAUAUCAGAAUGUGCUGUCACCGUUGGGCGAGAAGAAGCAACACUCGAAGCCGAUUAAGGUGGUGAUUAGUAUUUAUCGUUGUUUGAUGCGCGUUUGCGGUGUGAUGCGUCGCUAUAUAAAACUGCUGGUGGAUCAUAAAUACUUUCAGCAGGGCAUACUGUUGGCCAUUCUCAUUAACACACUCUCCAUGGGUAUUGAGUACCACAAGCAGCCCGACUACUUGACCGCCAUUGUGGAGAAGAGUAAUAUUGUUUUCUCGGCGAUAUUCGCUGUGGAGAUGUUGCUGAAGGUGGUGGCGGAGGGUUCUUUCCGUUAUAUUGCGAAUGGUUUCAAUGUGUUCGAUGGUGUUAUUGUGAUACUCAGCGUCAUAGAGAUCUUUCAACAAUUCCACAGUGGCAAUGGCAGCGGUGGUGGCGGCUCUGGCCUCUCAGUGCUGCGCACAUUCCGCCUACUGCGCAUACUCAAACUGGUGCGCUUCAUGCCCAAUUUGCGACGACAACUAUUCGUUAUGCUGCGCACGAUGGACAAUGUAGCGGUAUUCUUCUCACUACUCGUACUCUUCAUAUUCAUAUUCAGCAUAUUGGGCAUGUAUCUAUUUGGCGGUAAGUUUUGUAAAUUUGUGGACGAUACUGGACUCGAACGUGAAUGUCUGUGUACCGAAAUAAUCAACAAACAUCCACAAUGUGAAUGUGAUCGCAAACACUUCAACAACAUUUUAUGGGCCACUGUUACAGUCUUUCAAAUUCUAACGCAGGAGGAUUGGAAUGUCGUACUAUUCAAUGGCAUGGAAAAGACAAGUCAUUGGGCCGCAUUAUAUUUUGUGGCGCUGAUGACAUUCGGCAAUUAUGUGCUAUUUAAUUUGUUGGUCGCCAUUUUAGUUGAGGGAUUCAGUUCAGAGCGAAAUGAACGUCGCGAACGUGAACAACGUGAGUUGGUGAAAAAGCUACGCGAAGAAACGUUGGCGGAGAAUUUCAGCGAUGCUAUGUACGAUGAUUCGCGUAGCAGUGAAGCGGACUCAACAUCGACUAAUGAAAGUUACUAUGAGGUACGAAAUCGUUGGCAUAGCGCCGAGGAUGUGCGAAAACUACAAGACGCAACUGAGUUAAUGCUGGAAACAAAGAGUAAUAUGCAAAAGCAACAACAUCAACGCAUGCUACUGCAACCCACACAAGAUUAUCAAAUCAAUGAGAGUUAUAUGAGUGGUGUUGGUGGUGGAAGCAGUGGUUCGGGUAGCGGCAGUGGGCGUAAAUCCAGCGAUAAGGAUGGCAGUAGCAAAUUGUCAAUGGAGGAUGACAAGAAUAAGAAUUUAAAAAAGACAUAUUCUAUAAGAGAGCGUCGCGGUGAUGCACCACGCCUUUCACGUAUACGCCCAUUGCGUGAACCGCCCAUAAUUACUACGACCGCCGCAACGCCACAAGACUCACCCAACACCACACUCGAUGGCGGCAUGAGCUUUCGCAGUUGGAAUCCUCAAGAAAUGGAGCACACCGACGGUGGGGCUGGCAAUCAGUGUCCGAGCUCGCCGUCACUACUCAGACCACCGACCAUCUUUAGCGGCGGCCAACGUUCACUCGACGAGGGCAUACCGUCAAUUGAUCUUAUACCACCAUCACCCGUAUUAACGCACAAACCGUUGAAUAUACUUAACGCCAGUCAACUACAAGGAAGCAAUACUAAUCUAAGCAACUGUAAUUUAGUAACUAACAGUAGUAGUUUACUCCCUAGUGCCCUAAGUAGCAAUAAUAGUAUGCAUAGUGUUGUCAUCGAUGAUAUUUCGAAGAACUCCGAUGCUAGCGCAUCGGGCCCAAUCUUUGUGCCAACAACAAUUUCGACUGUGUCCACGCCCAGCAUGCCGCAACCGACGGGCACAAACGGCACUGGCGCUAGUUCCGUUGGUGUCUCCCACACUAAUAAUGGCGGUGCUGGUGGUUGUGGUGGCGGCAACGCAGUGAGCAGCAUCGAGAUAACGCCACUGAAUGCCGCUGUUGUUACCACAGGUGUGUCGUUGUCGUCGUCCACGUCGACAGCUACUACAGCGGCAGCGUUAGUAACGCCGCCGAAUGCGUCACAAGCCAGCAGCAUUGAAACGCCGCCCACACUGCCGUCUACCAACGCUUCAGCGACAAUCAGCACAUCGUUGUCCGGCAUGCAACGUAUACCGAGUUUAAAACGUUUCCGACGCAGCAGUUCGAAGCGUAAGAAGAAGCCCGCCGAUGCCGGCAGUGGCGCCGAAGAUGACGAACAGCAGCAGCUAAACAAUGGCAGUGACAAUUCUUGUCUACUUGCGCCACAUAGUAAUGGUGGCGGUGGCGGUACUAUGCGUGCUGAUGCGUUUCUCAGUCCAUCACGUACGCCAUCGGCUGGCGCAACACUAACAGCCAACAAUCAGACGAAUCAGCAAAAGACGAAAGAUACCAAUCGACUAAGUCCACAAAACUCUAUACGCCGCUUAUCUACAACACUUAGUAUUGGCAGCAUACCGCCGUUGGGUAGCCGUCGUGCCUCUGCGUGCAUCUUUAACUCGCAACUCUAUCAAAAUCUCAACCAACCGCCCAAAUUGUAUGCACCCUCAGCGGCACAUCGGCGCAUGUCUUCAUUUGAGUUGGCCUUCAGCAAGAGUUCACAGCUAAAUUUGCAUAAUUUGGAAGCGAAUCGCAAGUCAAUGUCGUACACGAAUUCCAAACUCGAUUUGGAUAAGUGGCAGAAAUCGUAUAUGAAUCUGCCCGAGCCGGAUAUGUUGCAACAGUACAUACAGGAGCGUGAAAAGCGUAAGGGUUCUAUUAGUCAUUACUCGCGACAACAGCAAUCGCAGCAGAAGCAACAAAAAGAUAACGAGCUUGACGAACCACAAUAUUUGAGUGCAGACCUCAAUUCACGUAUGCAGAGCUCUGGACAUAUGAGUAAGCUAAAGAUGCUCAUCGAACGUUUAAAACCGACAAACCUCACCGAACAAAGAGAGUCAUACUCGCUGUACAUAUUCGCGGAGGACAAUAGGUUCCGUGAGCUGUGUACGUGGUUUGUUGAACAAAAAUGGUUCGACAAUGUUGUCCUGCUGUUUAUCGCACUCAAUUGUAUUACAUUGGCUAUGGAACGACCAAAUAUACCGCCAACGAGUACCGAACGUUUAUUCCUUGCCACAGCCAACAACGUGUUCACAGCCAUUUUUACCGUGGAAAUGCUCAUUAAGGUGGUAUCGACAGGCAUGUUUUAUGGACCCGAUGCAUAUUUCACAUCCGGCUGGAAUAUUAUGGAUGGCUCAUUGGUUACAAUAUCAAUCAUUGAUCUAUUAAUGUCAUUGUUUAGCCAAUCGAGCUCGAAGAUAUUUGGGAUUUUAAGGGUGUUUCGACUACUUCGUUCCCUACGGCCGCUGCGUGUGAUCAACCGCGCCCCGGGUCUGAAAUUAGUCGUGCAAACGCUCUUAUCGUCCCUACGACCCAUCGGCAACAUCGUGCUGAUCUGCUGUACAUUUUUCAUCAUAUUCGGCAUUUUGGGCGUGCAACUCUUCAAGGGCACAUUCUACUAUUGCGAGGGUGAGAAUAUCAAAACUGUACGCACGAAAAUGGACUGCUACGAACAGGGGUACGAGUGGAAGAAUCGCAAAUACAAUUUCGAUGAUCUUGGCAAUGCGUUGAUGUCGCUGUUCGUAUUGAGCUCACGUGACGGUUGGGUGAAUAUCAUGUAUACCGGUUUGGAUGCGGUGGGCGAGGAUAUGCAACCGAUUGUCAAUUACAAUGAAUGGCGUCUACUUUAUUUCAUUGCUUUCAUCUUGCUCGUCGGUUUCUUCGUGCUCAACAUGUUUGUCGGUGUGGUGGUAGAGAAUUUCCAUCGUUGUCGUGAGGAGCAAGAGAAGGAGGAGAAAAUUCGACGCGCCGCUAAGCGCGCUUUACAAAUGGAAAAGAAACGUAGACGUAUGCAUGAACCACCUUACUAUAUCAACUAUUCACCGACUCGCAUGUUCGUGCAUAAUGUUGUAACAUCGAAAUACUUUGAUUUGGCUAUAGCCGCUGUGAUCGGUCUGAAUGUGGUCACCAUGGCGAUGGAGUAUUAUGGUAUGCGCGAUGGACUAAUCUACGCGCUGAAAGUUUUCAACUAUUUCUUCACGGCUGUCUUCAUAUUGGAGGCGAGCAUGAAAGUAUUGGCGCUUGGUUGGUCACUCUACUUGAAGGAUCGUUGGAAUCAACUCGACGUGGGAAUUGUGCUGUUAUCGGUAUUCGGUAUAAUACUUGAGGAUGCGCAUACACAGAAACUACCAAUUAAUCCGACGAUAAUACGCGUAAUGCGUGUACUGCGUAUUGCGCGUGUGCUGAAACUACUCAAAAUGGCUAAGGGUAUGCGUGCGCUGCUCGACACCGUUAUGCAAGCAUUGCCACAAGUCGGCAAUUUGGGCCUGCUCUUCUUUUUGCUCUUCUUUAUUUUCGCCGCCCUUGGUGUGGAACUGUUCGGUCGGCUUGAAUGCUCCGAACGUAAUCCAUGUCAGGGCUUGGGCGAACAUGCACAUUUCGCCAAUUUCGGGAUGGCUUUCCUCACAUUGUUUCGCGUAGCGACUGGCGACAACUGGAACGGCAUCAUGAAGGAUACACUGCGAGAGGACUGUGAUGAUGCGGAUGAUUGCGUACGCGAUUGUUGCGUUAGCCGGGUCAUAGCUCCAAUAUUCUUUGUGAUAUUCGUUCUAAUGGCGCAGUUCGUAUUGGUGAAUGUCGUCGUGGCUGUACUGAUGAAACACCUCGAGGAGAGCCACAAACAGAUGGAAGACGAAAUGGACAUGGAAGUAGAGCUAGAGCGUGAACUUGUGCGCGAGCAGGAGUUUGAGAGCGAACAGAAGCUGUGCCAGCAGUUGGAACAGCAACCGCAACCGCCGCCACCAGCACGCCAGCUGAACAAGAUCAAAUCGUUGCCGAAGAACUUUACCUACAGCACGCCAUCGCUGGAUAAGAAAUUUCCAAGCGUGCUCAGCGGCAGCGGCAUCGGCAUUGGCAUCGGUAUUGGUGGUGUUAGAGCCGCCGGCAUUGCCGGACGCCGUCAAACCGUACAAUAUAUCAAUCAACCGAAUAGCAUUGGUUUGGCCGAAUUGGGACGUGGCACACAAAUUGGCGCUGGUGUUGGUGCUGCUGUUGGCAGCAGUGGUACGGCUGGUGGUAGCGGUGGUGUUGGCGCAAGUGGUGCACUACUCGCACCACAAGCGCUCAAUGCGCGUCUUAACACAACAGCUGCGGAGAACAGCUUCGAUACAAAACUCCAACUUCAACCGACCGCAGGUGCGCUGGGACGGCGUGGCCGUCGCAGUUCGACCGCGUUUCGUAGUAAACGCGGCCUGCUCGCCAAAGAGCGCUCUCUUGAUGAGCAGGCCAUACGACGACGCACACUCGAAUCGAAGCGCAUGAGUUGCGAUUCGCUGCCAUGGGGCGGCGACAUCAACGAUUAUCGGCGUGGCACCAUAUUCGAAUCGCUUGAAUCGGAUGGCGGCGGUAGUCCCUCCUCAACAUAUGAUGUGCGUAGCAUACGCAGCGAAGAUGUUGCGGCGACAGCAAAUGCUGCAGCACGCAGUAGUGGCGCCCCCGAUGCGUUGAGCAUUGUGAGCGCCAGCGUAAUCAGUGAAAAGAUUACUACAACACCUAUAACGACACCCUUAGCAGCAAUAAAUGCGGCUACGGCAACACUGCCGAACACUGGUGUACCACCGCCACCAGGAAGCGUAACGGCGCCACGUCGCACCUAUGGACGUUCCCUCUCCACCGACCAAGCUUGUGCGUCUAGCGUGGGCGGUUCGAGUAGCGGACGCGGUGUCGGCUUAUUGUCCGUGCCGCGUAGCAUGCCACCACGCAGCCGUAGUGGCAGCACUAAACAAUUAUUCAAACAACAAGCGCUCGACGAAGAUCCCGAUAUGGAUGAGAAUACCUUACUAUUGCCCAUUGUGGUCGAAGGCAGCUGUGAUGGCAAUGCGUCCAACAGCAGUAGCAAUGCCAUCACAACUGCUGCCAAUGGUGGUAAUGGUAAUGGCAACAAUAUGCAUAAUAAUAACGACAAACUGAACAAUAAUAGCUGUAGCGGUGGCGCUAAUAAUCGCCUGGCCGCCGCCACCAAUGGUAAUGGCGCUACAGCUGGGGUCGUGGAACAGAUCGCUUUAAGCAAAUCUGACUCGGCCGAUAUAAUGCGCAUCAUAUCGGAGCGCAGACGCAUGGAUCAGCGUGACAAUAGCGGCAAUGAGGAUUCAGACUACAAAGAAUUGCUGCUGGUGAAGUCACCGCACUCCUCCACUGAUGGCUAAAUGGAAUUUAAAAAUUUAAAUACACUAUAAGCUCUAGUAUGUAUGUGUGUAAGUAGUGUGCGUAGUUUAAGUUAAUAUUUAUGUACUAUGUGCUAAGUAAAGGAAAUUUUAGUGGUUAGAGAUUAUGCGCAAGAAUUGAAACAUUUGAGUUCCAAAUUGUACGAAGAAAUGCAGCAGCUAGAAGAAUCUUGCAUUUUCAUACAAAAAUUACAUUUGAGCACUCAAUGUAUGUUAUAAAGAUGUUAGUGUACUCUUCAAAUACCACUUUCUGCCACAAAACAAGACACACGCUGUCUUAUCCUACAAUACAAAUAAUUUGCUUCCUAAAAUAUUUUUUCUUGCACCCCUGAGAAGUUCGCAAAUUGCGUUGGUAGCUUCAAUUUUUCACUAGACUUUACAAAAAUAACAGAAAAUAUUAAAUUUUCACCUCAACAUCUUCAAAUAGUAUGUCACUAAUGAAUUAUAAGCAAACCGUUAGCGCAAAGAAAAUGUGUUUAAUUUAGCAAAGUUCGCCACCAAUUAUACUUUGGUUACAGUAUGCAACCUGCUAUGCUUAGUUGGCUUAAAAUCAGUGAUUUAAAGAUAAAAUGCGACAUUUUCACUCUCAGAAGCUCAGUUUUGACUACUGUAUACUGCGGAAAAGAAAAGGGGUAUAUGUUGAGUUUAGCAAAGUUCACACCCAGUCAUUAACAGUAUAUCUGUCUGAUAACAUUUAGCCGAGUUUUAAACCGGCAAGUCAGUUACUUUUCAAAAAGAAAAAAAGAAAAUUAUUUCUUAAAUAUUUAUUAGCUACAAAUUCGAAUAUCUUGCGAUAUGAACACUAUCACUACUUUUUUUACUUUUUUCCUCUACAAAAUACAACACUGUAGUUGUGUUAGUGAACUUGUGUCAACUUUUAGGGAAUUUUCAUAGCUAUCCUACUAUUUCUAUGUACUUUUAGCACUACAUUCGAAAAAAAAUUUUUUUUCUGUAUUAAAAUUUCCAACGAAAAAACGUAAAUAGAAAAGGUAAAAAAUUAUAGAUUUAAGUAAAAGAUGCAGAACAAUGUAUGUACAGAUAAAUAAUGCAGUUAUUAACAAGAUUUUGUUUUUGAAAAAAAAACAACAAAAACAAUUAUUUCAUAUUAGAGUUAUGUAAAUGCAACACUGUAAAUGUUGCAAAUGUGUCUCUAAAAAUCAUCAACUCUGUGAUUAGCUGUAAAAAAUGUUGAUUAGAAAUCAUAGCUCAAAGUUGUUGAGAAGAAUUAGCAUAAUAAUAUAUAGUAUGUACGUACAUACAUAUGUAGCAACAAAUUAAUAUUAAUUAAUUACAGUUAUAUGUAUAUAAACGCAACUAUUAUUAUAAAAGAGCCAAUUAAUGCAAAUAAAUUGCAAAGAAUUAAACAAAAAAAAAUAAAAUAUUUUAAUUGAGCUAGAGCAAAUGUUGCUGACAACCACAAAACUGAACAACUGUUGUUAUAUAACACUGCAGCAACACUUGUGCGCAUAACUUUCCUAAACAAACAAACAACAAAUGGUGCAGAUUUUGCAGAUAUUGCAUAAAUUAAUACAAAAACAAAUAUGUAAAAUUAAAUUAGAGAAAUUAUAUGUUUAAUAAUUAAGUUUAGUUAGCGUUAAAAGCAAAAGUAGCAUUAAAAAUUGUUAAAAAGUUGAAAGAAAUAACAAAAAUCAUGUAAAAACACAAAGCUGACGCGUAACUAUAAAAUAUAUUUAAAUUUGUUUGAAAUCUAACAUAAUUUAGCAACAAUUAUUGUGUAGUAUUGAAAGCAUGUGCGGUUGUUGUCAACGAAACACAUUCAAAUAUUGUUUGUAAAUAAAUGCAAUAUUAGCGUUAAGCGAUAAACGAUAAACGAUUAAGGAAAACGAUAUGUCACUCACACACAACUGUUAUGAAGAAUUAAAAAAAAAAUAAACAAAAAUUAUGUACACUAUGAAAACUUUCCUAAAAAAAAUACAUACAAAUUUAAGAAUGAAAAAAAUAAAAUUUAAUAGAAAAGAAAUAAUUAAAUAUAAUAAUUCAAAAAUAAUAAAAAUUAUUUUAAAAAAUAGUAAAAAUGAAAAUAUAUUUGUAAAAGAAAUGAAAAACAACUUGUAGCGCAUUUCUUCUCCCUGAAACGUCUUCCUCAUCUUUAAGCAAAAGUGAAAUACAUAUAACAAAAACAAAUAUAUACAAAUGUAUUAAUACAACGUAGAGCAAAUACUAUUAAAAAUUUAGUAACUGUAAAAAAUUUAAAUUGUUUAAAAAUUAGCGCAUUUGUGUAACAUUUAGGCGUAAGUUGUACUAGAAUUUGUAAAAUAGAAGUUGUUGUGCGCCAAAAAAAAAAACAAAAACAAAAAAAUUAAGAUUUAGUAAUAUUCGGUUGAAAAAAUUAAUAAAUGAAAAAUAUUUGUAACCGCAAUUAGUAAAUGAUAUAAUAACUAAUGAAAUUUAUGUAAAAAAAAAAACAAAUAUGGAAAAAUUACACUAAACACACUAUUGUUAUACGAAAAGGAAUUUAAUAAACACUGAUUCUCGACAAAUGACAAUCCCAAAACACUGCAUUUUGUUUUUGUUUUUAUUGU